AUGACAUCAAAACAACAAAAUCAAAUAAAUUAUUUAAUAAAUCUACUAGGUCGUAAAAGAUCAAUAAUAGAACAAGAAAUAAACCACUCAAACUCAGAUCAAGAAAUUCAAUCAGAAUUAGAAUCAGAAGAAGAAGAAAUAUAUACAAAUCUACCACGAAAAGAAAUGUUAGAACAAUUAUCAUCACUCCCUAAUUGGCAAAUGAAAAAAUCAAAUUUGACACCGUCUCAAUAUAUAUCAAAAACAACUCAGGAACAAGAAAUUGUAACAAAUGAAAUAAUUGAAAAUUAUUUAAAUUUUCCACAUUGUAAAUUUAAACAAGAUCAACAUUUAUCAUAUAUUUUAAAAAGUCUUUUUGCAAAAUUACCAAGUUAUUAUAAAUCAUUAGAUGCUAAUCAUUCAUGGAUGAUUUAUUGGUUAGCGAAUUCUUUUUAUGUUAUAAAAAAGAAUGGAAAUGAAAUUGAAAAGGAGAAUGCGGAUGAAAAUGACGAAAAGAAUCAAAAUGAACUAGACGAUGAAACAAUAAAUUUAAUUAAUCAAAAAAUUGAAAGUUGUAUAAUUGAAAAUGGAAAAGGUGGUAUAUCAGGUGGUAAAAACCAAUUAGGUCACGUAGCAUCAACUUAUGCUGGUAUUUUAGCAUUAAUUCUUACAAAAAAUUAUAAAAUUUUAAGUGCAAUUAAAAAAAAUAUAUAUAAUUGGUUAUUAAGUUUAAAAAUUAAAAUUAAUGAACUGGAGUCAUCAUUUUUAAUGCAUAAAAAUGGAGAAUAUGAUACAAGAUCAACUUAUUGUGUAUUGGUGGUUGCAACAAUUUUAAAUAUAAAAACCACAGAGCUAACUAAUGGUGUUGAAAAUUGGUUAUUGAAUUGUCAAAGUUAUGAAGGUGGAUUUUCUGGUAUACCAAAUACUGAAGCUCAUGGUGGAUAUAAUUUUUGUGCUAUAUCUUCAUUAUUCUUGUUGAAUUCAAACCCCGAGGUACUUAAAUCAAAGAUCAAAAAUUUCCCACGUUUCAUUAAAUGGAAUAUUGAUAGAUAUACAGAAGAAGGAGGAUUUAAUGGUAGAUCAAAUAAAUUAGUAGAUUCAUGUUAUUCAUUUUGGAUUGGUUCUUCAAUAUCUUUAACUUCAGUCCUUAUUGGUUUUGACCUCGCAAACAAGGAAAGUUUAAAAAAUUAUAUUUUAAGAAUUUCUCAAAAUAAUAAUGGUGGAUUUAAAGAUAAACCAAAUAAAUCUAUUGAUUUUUAUCAUACUAAUUAUACUUUAAUGGGUUUAAGUUUAUGUGAAUAUAAUUAUAAAAUUGAUGAUAAAAAUGAGAUUAAUGAAGGUAAUGAAGUUAAUGAAAUUAAUGAUAAUGAUGAUUGUUUAGCAUUAAGGUUGAUUCAAGCAGAGAGUGAAGAUGAAAAUUCAGAUGUAAAAUUUACAAAUUUUAUAAAUCCUGUUUUUGGUAUACCUUCAGAAUUUUUAAAUCAAGUAAGAUUAGCAAAUAUUUAA